AUGUUUGCCGCUCACUCCUCUGUGGCUGCACAAUUGCACCCGCAGCAGGCCGCGGCUGGGAUCCUGCCCUAUGGCGACUGCCUUCUUCUGCUUGCCUUGAAAGACGCCCUGCAUAGGCUCUCCUCCCAGGCCUUCAUUCGCCAGGACGUUGCACAGACAAUUGCAGCAGUGGCUCAGCAGGAAUUGAUUGCACUUGUCGUUCGAUCGGCGCCUUCCCUUCCUUCGAUUUGCUUGACGGGGCGUCUUCUGCUGUAUCGACACCGCCAACAGCAUUGGCUUCUUGUUCUUCAGUCUGUGCAUGCCGCCACGCUUUCGCCGCUUUCGCUCUCUUCCCACGCAACUGGCUCGUCCUCAACUAGCGGAGACGUUCCGCCGAAAGCGAGACAGAGAGGCGAGGUCGUUAUGGCCUACCUGAGGCGCUUCCUUCCGAAAGACAAACGAGAAGGAGUUCGCGCGCUUCACAGCGGCACUGUGGCCAAGUAUAAUCUUCCAGGCUCCAUACCACACUCUGGGAGUUCUCAAGACAGAGCUUCCUCCCGCUCCGGCGGAGCGAGCGAAACGAAUCGAGAGACGACCCAGUCUGCGACUGAAACCCGCACAGAGCCAUCCACUUGUGGGGCGCCUUCAUCGUGUGCUGCUCCUACUGUCGCAUCGGGCACUGAGGCGCCGCCGUCUGAACCCGCACUUGAUGGGGUAAUCUACUUUACGCACGAAGGAGUGCUGCGUGCCUCACUUCCUUCCAGUCAUUUGCCCAAAAUCAAUGCUGUCAUUUCUGCGGCUCUCUCUGCCACAGGGGGUGGCAGCCCCCAGCCUCAGGAAGGCAAAAAACGGAAAGCUUGA